CUGCGGGAUGUGCCGGGACCUGCUCCCGGGGCGGCGGGCGUCGAUUGCCGCCGCUGCGACCAGAUAAAUUGACAUGAUGUGGAGCAACAAGUCAAAUGAAGUGCCGCUACAAAAUCCGAGGCAUAACCAAAACAAGGAUUCUACCAGAGAUCUAACUGCAGCAUGGGCUUUUUCUCAGACUAAGGCUGCGUUACGUCAUAUAGAGAACAAAUUGGAAAUAGCUCCCACCAGCACGGCUAUAUUUGAUUCUGUCAUGGAUGCCAAGAAGCCCUCUGCUAGUGCUAGCAGGAAAAUAAGCAGAAAGGCUUCCCGGUCCUCCAGCCAAAAUAAAUCAAGCAAGGAAAAGUCCUCACGCAGCCCUCUUCGAGCGACCACCCUUGAAAGCAAUGUGAAAAAAAACAAUCGCGUGGAAUUUCGUGAACCAUUGGCUUCAUACAGGGAUACAUAUACUGCUCUGUCUUAUCACAGUUCUGGCCAACUUGAGGCCAAGCAACUGCUCUCUAGUUUGGACUUCAGCGAAGCAGAAGGGAAGACUGAAAUAACAGGCCGUAUGAUACAUGACAGAGAUGAGCGGGAUCUACACAGCAGAGAUUUUGAAAGCCCAUGUUCUUCUGCUGCAGAUGAGACUGUUGUUAGGUAUUUGAAUGACCGACCAGCAAUUGAUGCCUUGCAGAAUAAUGAGGCAUUUCUUAAGGUUGCAACACCUCCAAGAUUGGAAGAGGAAAAAACUAGUGGCUCCAGAGGAGAUGUGAGCAGCACUAAAACUCCUCAGAGUAACACAUCCCAGGACAGUGAACUGAAAGUGUCUUCACCUUCUGCCACGAGUACUUCUAGUGCUCACAGGCUGGAAAUCUUGAAGCGGCGGCAGCAUGAUGCUAAGUUGGAGAAACUGAAGGAGCGGAUUCGAAAGCAGUGGGAGCAUUCUGAAGAGCUAGGUGGCAGAGGGCAGCGCUCGGGAUGUGCUGAGCAACCUGUCGUGAUCACAAAUGUGGAGAAUGCAGUGACUCCCAAAGUCAGGAAAGUGGCAGCUGCACCUGCUGCUCCAUCAUACAGAGGUUUCAAUCCUGCUGAAACAAAGAUUCGCACUCCAGAUGGAAAGAUCUGGCAUGAGGAAGAAUUUCACAUUAGUCGGGAGCUGUAUAGGGAUAUAGCUCUCCAGUUAACAGAGGAUUCAACAGUGAAAGGAAAACCUAGUGAGAGAAACAAAGAGAAAAAAGCAACCAGACCAGUGCGGAAAGUGCAAAAACUGACACGGUUGUCAAGUCCAGAGUCCAAACAAGGUGGAAACUAUGUAAUAAGUGCAUCCUCCUGGCGGGAGGGACAAAAGCUAGUAAAAAAGAUACUGGGUCCAGCUCCCAGAAUAGAACAGGACAGAAGAGCUGUAUCUAGUGACAGAACAGGACGAGAGCGAGCUGCCAAGUCUGCAGGCUGUAUUGGAAGGACAGGUUCAGAUUCUAGACUGGAUGUUACCCGUAAAACCUCUUCAAGAAGUUCUGAAAGGUCAAGAAGUAAAGUGCGGUCUGAGAAUAAUCUGAAGAAACUGGAAGCUGCUCUUCCAGAUGAUAACCAAGAAGAUCAUACCUCUGUAAAUAAGGACUUCCUGCCCGUGGAGAUACGUGGAAUUCUUGAUGACUUGCAGUUGGAUUCCAUGAGUACAAAGCAAGAGAAAGAUGUGGAAAAGCAGAAUCAGAAAUCUGUUUUGCCUACUCAAAGUGCCAGGAGCCACAGUCCAACGAAAAGGAAACCGGACAAGACAGCUGCCAGUGAGGAGCCUCAGGUGAUAUCUAAGAAACGUCACUAUGAUACGGAUGAAGUUCGUCAGUACAUCAUCAGGCAGCAAGAGGAGAGGAAGAAGAAGCAGAAUGAAGAGAAGAAGGCACAAAAGGAGGCAACAGAACAGAAGAACAAAAGGCUCCAAGAGCUCUACAGAAAGCAGAAGGAGGCUUUUACUAAAGUGAAGAAUGUGCCGCCUCCUGAGCCUUCAGCAGCCAAACGGUUACAGGAAACCUAUUCUAAACUAUUGCUGGAACAUACAUUUUUAGAAGAGCCACCUCAGCUGCCUACGGUGCAGGAAACACAGUCCAGACCUGGUUAUCAACCAUCUGGGGAAUCCGACAAAGAAAACAAGGCUCAAGAGCGUCCUCCUAGUGCAUCUUCGAGUAGUGACAUGUCGCUUUCAGAACCGCAGCAGCCGCUACUGAGGAGCGAUUUGAUGGAGCCUCCAUGGGUACAGCCAGACAGGUUGAGCCCAAGAGUCCAGCUCUCUCAUCCGCAAGCUCUCACGGGCUCAAAUGGAGGCCCUUGCUCCCAACACUGGAGUCUAGAGCAGAUGGACCUUUUGUCAAAGGAGUGUGACGCGAUGUUGGCAGGCAGGAGGAGCCAUGCUGCACCCGUGGGAUCGCUGACCUUGAUGCCUCAGUCAUACCUGAGUUCACCUGCUGCACAGCAAAAUCUCUUAGUAAAACCUACUGCUAAUCAAUAUAAGAGCAAAUUAGAUCGGAUUGAGGCUUUGAAAGCUACAGCUGCUUCCCUUUCUAGCAGGAUUGAAAGCGAAGCCAAAAAGUUGGCUGGGGCUGGUAUCAAUUAUGGUACCAUGUGGAACUCAGACCAUGAAUUUAUGCAAGAAAACCAGGAUGAUGGGCGGUGGGCAAAGGCUGUGAGUCCUCCUGUGAGAGAGGAAAAUGAAGAUGCUUUUUCAGCCAGAAUUCAAAAAAUGUUGGGUACCUGUGUGUCUCAUACAGCCUUUGAUGACAGUCUUCCUGGGGUAGGCAACCUUAGUGAAUUUAAAAAGCUCCCCGAGACGAUCAGGCCUCAUACUGCUGCAGUCAGCCUUGGAAUGAGGUCCCCUGCUGCUAACAGGCAUGAGGGGAUACUAGGACAUUUAUCUAAGAGACAGACUGACUCCCCGGGACGUGAAAACCAGGCUUACGCUCCGAAUAAAGCUGUAAUUCCUCACGAGUCCAGCAUCGACUCCAUCAGCGAAGGGCCUCUCCUGAGUGACGGAAGCCUCUCUGAAGAGGAAGGAGGCCAGCACAAACAGUUGCCACUGAAGAUGCUGGAGACAUUAAAAGAGAAGGAUUUCUGCAUUCGGGAGAGGAAUGCUUUUGAGCCCAUAAAGGAGUUUCAGAAAGAAGCUGAGAAGUAUUUGCCACUUUUCACUCAGACGAGUGGCGCACACAGCAAGGGGCCAUGGGAGGAACUGGCGAAGGGAAGUCCCCACAGUGUCAUCAACAUCUUUGCGAAAAGUUAUCAGCUUCAUGGAAAAGUGUUUGAUGAAAGGUCGAGUGGAGGGUCUGCCCUUCUGCGCCCUUUACUCCCUGCCAUGAGCCCUCCAGAGAGCGUGGUUUCUUACGAAGAUGAUUUUGCCUCGUCGCAGGGAAGUGGCACUUUAACAGACAAAAAGAUUGCACGUGACCUCAGUGUUGCUGGCAGCAGUAAUUCAAGCAUUCAGGAAGAAGUUCCUACUAGGAAGUCUCCCCAUGAACCUCGAUCUGUAGAGCUUGCUUCUCAGCAUUCGUCUGGUCCACGGUCUGCAGCAUCUUCUCGCUCAUCUGCUUCCUCUAAAAAGAGAGGGAAAAAGGAACGGUUGGACUCUUUCAAUGGAAGUUCUCACCACUUUCCUGUGGAAGAAGAUAAAAUGCUAUCUGAAUUAGAGUGGGGAUCUCAACAGACAAAGAAGUCCUUAUCGAGUAGCAGAUUUUCUAGUAAAGAUCAUGAGCAGAACCCAGAUACGGACAGCACAUUAGAAAACUUGUCUGGACACUCCCUAAUGAGUUUCUCAGACAAGGGAAGAUCCCAGAAAACGCCGACUUCUUCCCCAUCUCCCGGUUCCCAGAAAAUGUUGCAGUUUGAUUCUAUAGGCAAUACAGCAGAAAGAGUCAAGUCACCUGCUGGCUUUUCUGGAAGUACAGCAUCAGGGCUGAAGCCUAACGUAGCCUUCCCCGACUUGAAUCUGGGAACUAGUAGGUCUGUAGCAGGAGCAGCCUCAGCGAGCGGAUGUAUGCGCUUCUCCCCCGCUGGUCUUCAGCAUCGUUUAUCAGCAGAAUUGAACUACCUUAGUGCUAUUGAGGAGUCUGUGAGACAACUUUCAGAUGUAGAACGAGUACGAGGCAUAUCACUUGCCCAGCAGGAGAGUGUUUCCUUGGCUCAGAUUCUAAAGGCACAGCAGCAGCGCCAUGAACGGGACUUAGCCCUUUUGAAAAUCAAGGCUGAACAAGAAGCUUUAGAAAGUCAGAGACAACUGGAUGAGGCAAGGCAGAAGGCAGCUCAGGUAAUGCUGCCCUUCAAAAAAUGUGGAGUGUAUAAGAGGCAAAAUGCUGUCCAUGCAGAGUCGCUACAGCAUCUGGUCCAGUCACGGCAGGAGGCUGUGCAAGAGACCCCGUGCAAGGCUGCAGCCAAGCAGGCAGAAACUGCAGCUCACCAGAUCCGUGAGAUGACAGAGUUAGCACGAACCCAGAUCUCGGAUACUGUCAGCGCUCCAGCUGCUCCAGUCACCACCUUGUUUGACCACCAGCGGCAGCAUCAUUCAGAGUUCAUGAAGCAACUGAGAGCCCGAACUGAUACAAACAGGAAAUGUGAUUCUACUGCCAUGUCACAAGGUAAAGAGGAGACAGGUGACUCAAAACAGACAUACUCACCGAUGUUUGAUAGUUAUUCAGAGUCCUCAAGAUCAAAGGUUCAUGAUCAGAGUAGUACCAGCAGCCGCCAAGAGAGUCCUUCAGUUCCAUCUUCUAAGGAGAAUGAGAAAAAGCUUUCCCGUCGUGAAAAGAUAACUAGCAGUAUUGAAGAGCAGGCUCAUACUGGUGUGGAUGAUUCCUUGCCGAGUGAUAGUAUUUUAUCACUGCCAGAUGAAAAAGAUUCCGCUUCUGUUGCAACAGAGUAUUCCCUGAAAUUUGAUGAGUCCAUGACAGAGGAUGAGAUUGAGGAAAAGUCUUUUCGGUCUUUGCUGCCCUCUGAGAGUCAUCGCAGAAAUAACUUGGAGAAGAAACGGGGUAAUCGUGAUGAUUCUGAUGAGGAAGUCUCCCCAGAGAAAACAGCUCUGUCAUCUAUCAAGGAGCUAAGCAUGCCAUUCUCAGGGGGGCAAGAUAGUUUCUCUAAAUUUACCAUGGAGAUGGUAAGACAGUACAUGAAAGAGGAGGAGAUGCGAGCAGCUCAUCAGUCCUCACUGCUUCGGCUCCGGGAGAAGGCUCUGAAAGAGAAGACCAAAGCUGAAUUAGCUUGGCUGGAACACCAGAAGAAGCAUUUACGAGACAAGGGAGAGGAUGAUAAGAUGCCUCCUAUUCGAAAGAGGCAGCGUGGUCUGCUGCUGAGAUUACAGCAGGAAAAGGCAGAAAUUAAGCGUCUUCAAGAGGCUAACAAGGCUGCUCGGAAGGAGAGACAGCUGAUCCUUAAACAGCAGGCGGAAAUAGAACGAAUCCGUCAGACUACAAUGAAACUGCAGGAAAAAUUAAAGUCUGCAGGAGAAAACAAGCUGGAACUUCACAGCGAGGAUGACAUCAAGCAGAGCAAUGGUUCUAGCCCACUUCCAACUGAUGCAGAAACGCGUAGCCCUUCCCCAAUCUCAAUCUCCAGCAGUGAAACUAGUAGCAUUAUGCAGAAACUUAAAAAAAUGCGCAGCAGAAUGGAUGAAAAGUUCCUAACUAAGCGAGAACAGAAGCUGAUGCAGCGUCGACAACAUGCUGAAGAAUUGUUGGAGUGGAAACGCCGCCUGGAUGCAGAGGAAGCAGAAAUACGGCGGAUAGAAAAGCAAGCUCUAGCUGCCUGGGACAAAGAGCUGCUCAAAACCAAAAUAGCCAAGAAGGACCUGGGGGAUCAGAGAACUGAGCCCAAAGAAACAGCUAGUGAAGAAGAGUCUCCAGUGCCUUCUUGCUCUCAUCUGAACAGUGAAAGCUCUAUCCCAGAAGAUCUUGGCAGUCUAGCUGCUGAGUCUGUCCCAUCGGAGGCUGUGGGCCAUGGACAGCCAGAAAGCCCAGAUCAGAGUACAACUAAUGAAGAAAUGGUUUAUUCUGAAGAAUUCAAGUCCUCUACCUCACCUGGCAAACUUUCUCCUCCCAAAAGCAGCAUAUCUGUAUCAAAGCAAGAUUCCAGCAAAGGCAGCCAUAGAACUGGAGGACAGCUACGUUCACCUGUGAAGUCUCAUCAGAUAUCUCACAACUGGUCUGAUGAAUCUUUAUCUAUGACACAGUCAGAAACCACAUCUGAUCAAAGUGACAUUGAAGGACGGAUCAGGGCCCUGAAGGAUGAACUACGGAAAAGGAAGUCUGUGGUUUACCAGCUGAAAAAAGAACAGAAAAAGAGACAAAAGGAGAGACUGAAGGCCCAGGAAGCCAGUUUGAUCAAACAACUGGAGUCGUAUGAUGAGUUUAUCAAGAAGACUGAAGCAGAGCUGAGCCAAGACCUGGAGGCGUCGCCAACAGCCAAACCUCAGAUUAAAACUCCAUCCUCAGCUGCUGCUGAAAAACCUAAGAUCAAGGCACCACCGCUCCAUAGGCCUGAGACAGCUAAAAACUGGAAAUCACUGGCUGAAUCAGAGCGAUCCAGAGCAUCUUUGGAAUCCAUUUCAGAGCAUGCAGAUGCUGUGUCAUCAAGAACUGAGAGAUCUGUGUCUGUGCACCCCAAGAAGGUGGCUGUGACAGAUAUUCAUGCAGAAGAACCUUCUGGAACAUCUUCCUCUGUUUUAAUAUCACCAAGGAGUUCCAGAGCAGGAUCUGGUGAUUCCUUAGAUAAUGUACCCUCAUCAUCUCUUCUCAAAGACGUGAAAGACAUCAGCAGGAUAUCCCAUGGGUCAAUGAACAACGUGGUAAAAGCAUCCAGUGAUGAGGCUGCCUUCAGUCAUAAAUCUGAGAUACAGGAAGACCUGGAAUACAUAAAGUCUGAGGAAUAUGAGAUUGAAGGUUCUCAUGUUAAGCCUUUGGAGAGUUCUGAUGUCUUGUUGACGUUAGAUAAAGAACAGGAGAGCUCACUGGACUUCCUUCCAAAGAAAGUCCUCCGUUCUGAAAACAAACACUCUCAGAAGGAACUCUUUGAUUUGGCUGCGGAAAGUCUUCAUGGUAGAGAAGAAAUCUUAGAACAGAGACUGGCAGAUAAAGAUGCUGUAACUGGCCCAAGUGUAGAAGAGUCUUCUCGCAAACUGAGCAAAUCAGCAGAGGAAAAAGGUUAUCUGCUUUCAGAACAACUCUUUAGUCAAAAGGAGCCAUCAUACCUUGAAGACUUUGAAGGAUCCUCUUCCAGAAAACAAGCAUCAGUUGAAGAAACACUUCCUGGGGAACGUUACAAAGAUGACUUUGAAGCAUCUCUUCUCUCGCCUAACGGGGAUGCUCAGUCACUGACAGAGCGGUCACAGCACACACAGACCAGCAGAAGCAGAUCCACCAGCCUUGGCAGCGAUGGCGAUAUCAGUGAAUACCUCAGCGACAGGUCUCUCUCUCUCUCUGGCAGCAUGCAUUCAGAGAGUUUAUUAGAACUUAAGUCCCCAACAGAACUUAUAAAAAAUACUGAACGCAGAGAUGUAGAGCAAGAACAGGCCCCUACCGAAUCACCGCUGUGGGCCUCUGUUCCGAUCACAGAAGAAACAGAUAGUUUGCCAAAUUUCAACAUUGGUGAUAGAGUACUUGUGAGUAAAGUCCAACCUGGAACAUUGCGAUUCAAAGGUCUGACUAAGUUUGCCAAAGGGUUUUGGGCUGGCGUGGAGUUGGAUAAACCUGAAGGGAACAAUAAUGGAACUUAUGAUGGUAUUAAAUAUUUUGACUGCAAAGAAAAGCAUGGUAUUUUUGCUCCUCCUCAAAAAAUCUCUCACAUUACAGAAAGUAUUGGUAGCCAUUUAGACGCAAAUGAUGAAAAGGAUGAAGACUCAUUCUUCGAUGAUAGACUGGAGAAGCAACACAAAACUGAGCAGAAAGACAGAGGAAGUUCCAAACCUGGCAAAGAGGAUGAAAGCCAGAGCAGAGAUACAACAGAGGACUAUUCCCAGGAUAAAGCUCCUGCAGACACAGCUGUUUCAGAAGCCUUAGCUGAGGAAAGGGUUGAUGAGGAGUCAUCUUCUAAAGCAAACAGCAUAAAGGAGAUUUCUGUAGCUACUGAAUCACUUGCCCAAGAACAGUCAGUGGUGGAUUAUCUGAAGCACGCUGUAAAAGAGGAGGCCAGCCUUGCUCCUCUCAUUCCUGGUGUUGUGGAUGAGACGUCUGCUGUUCAGUUGGAUGACAUCUCAGAUUUCCUUUCUGAAAAACUGGAGAGGCAGAAGACACUGGGAGAGGAAUGUGCUGAAAAGUUAGAUGAUCUCUCUCCUGGAGUUGUUGAGAAGCCUGCAACUCCACUUCUGGAUUUGCUGACAAAAGAAAAGAACCAGUUGGAAGCCCAGCUUAGAGAGGAAGAAAAGUCAAAAGACCAACUGGAGAAGGUCAGUUUGCUGACAGACAGUCUACUUAGAGAUUUUGUGAAAGACACGGUCAAUCAGUUACAGCAAAUAAAGAAGGUCAGGAAUGAGAAAAUCCAGCUCAGCAACCAGGAGCUCUGUGAAGUGAAGGAGGAAUCCAGUACUCCAUCCCAGCAGGUAGAAAAGCAGAUUCCGAUGGACUGAAUAACUUUUUUCUAAGUUCUGAUUUGGAAGAUGAAAGAGAAGAACUUUCCUCUCCAGACAUG